UUCGAUCAACGUAACGAAAUGAAGGCGGAGUUUGUGUACAAGAAGUGUGCAAAAAGGACGGUAACCAAACACAGCCGAUUCAGUCCAUUAUUGUCUCGAUUGGAGCCAAAUCCUACACAAUUCUUGUGAUGGAAGACGGCGAAAUCGUCGAGGAUGUGGUCGAUCUUGACUUCGGUUAUGUACCACUUCAGCGGCCAGCAGAACUAAUUGACCCAGGUCCGCGGCCUGUCCAACAACUUCCAGAUGAGAGCGAGCCUGAGGAGGAUUCUUCCUCUGAUGACAGUGACUCGGAUAAUGACACUGGCGAUCAACAUCGCCACACAAAGAAGCGCAAGGUGAAGGCAAUCAAGCCCCGUCCUCUUCCACCAACCGCAGCUGCAAAAACUAAGAAGUACGACAUUUGGUGCUCAGGCCUGCAGGAGGAAGUUCUGACAAGAGGACUAAUUGGCUGUGAUGUUGCUCAGCGACCUGGCAAAAGAGACAGGAAUGUUGAGUCCUACGACUACUUGUCCCACCGUGCUGGUUACUCCGACAGUCCUGAGGAUUUCGCAGAUGACGUUCCUCGUAGAAGGAGUCCAAACUUUCCUGCUAGUAAUAAGAGAAGCCACGCUGAAAGGGAGAGCGGCAACGUGAAGAGUAGACUGGGUUGGAGGACAAAGAACGCCACUGAGAGAAAAGGAACCAAGAGGGAGCUGAAAGAUCUGCAAGUCACCCUGGAUAGUUCAAUUGAAGAUUUUGCCAAGGAUGUCACAGAAAAGUUAAAUGAGGAGAAAGGAGACCUCAUUUUGAGAAUAGUGAAGGUUAUUGGAAAAGAGAAGGCUGCAGAAAUCUACAAGCUGACUAAAAGUGUUGAGGCCAAUGGAGGAAUGCUCAUCAUGAACCAAACUCGCCGACGCACUAGUGGAGGUGUGUUUCUCUUCCAUGUCAGGAAUACCUGCAACAGUGGUGAAUGCCUGGAGAUUUUUGAGGACAAUCGCAGGGAACAAGAUAAGGUCAAGCGGUUGCAUAGAUCCCAAAAGAGGAGAGAGAUAGCAAUAGCUGCCAUGGCUGCCAAUUCUCAGCCUAUUAACCAUGCCAAAGUCACUGAGGCUGAAAUUGAGGAUGGAGAGCUGGAGGACGGAGAGCUGGACAUGAAGACUGAACCCACAAGCGGCGAGGAGGAGGACCCCAGAGCCAUUGUAAGGAAUCCACCUCCGUCGCCGGUCACUGACUGCAGAGCAGACAGUAGCCCUGAGUCUGGCUGUGUCAAUGACAGUCAGGACAGGAGAGCCAUUCCCCUCAAGACAAACAACAAUGUGCCUGAGCGGUCCCUCACGUCUUAUGAAGAUGACUUGUUGGACCUGCAUGUGAACAUGGAGGAGAUGGACGAUAUGGAGACUUUUUGAUGUAGGCAACCGAGCUCAAAAGCUCUCAUUGCAGCUGGUGGCAGGUCAAGAGAUUUUUCGGUCAGUAUGUUAGCUUGCUGAUUUCGUGGAGUUUAAUCCUCAUCAGAAACUCUUUAAAACACUCAAGUUCUUUUCCUGCCAUUUAGCUUGAUUGUUCUGGUUGAAUCAGUUUAUUUAAUUUUGUAUGAAUUCUGAGAAAUAAAUUCUGCCUAUUACAACAAUUAAAAAAACUGCAAGAAUGUAUCCCUUAA